AUGAAAAAGGUAGAUCAGCUGGCACGAUUAUAUCACGUAGACUUUAACCUAAUUAUCCGUAAGAACGAAUAUGACGAACUGUCUGUUGAUUCGCUCCGUCGGAAAGAGUUCAGCCGACGGCAUUAUAUCUGGAAGACCUUCACAUGGGAUGAGAAGACGCAAAACCUGUUCGCAGUCGCAAAGAAGGAUGAAGAAAAGGAUCGUACGGUAGUCACUGAGGACGCGAUCGCAGAUGUUGUGGAAUUUGUACACGAAAGCAAUAGACAUGGUGGGUGGGAUGCUACAUGGAAAGAUAUUAGCAGCUCAUACUACGGCAUUCUGCGGUCGGACGUUAUACGCCUACUUAAAGAAUGCCAGACCUGCGCUCUGAACCCCUCCAAACGUCCCAAGGGCUCCGCAGCCACAAUGCAAAGCUCUCAACCGAUCGAUCACGAGUUUCUUGACUUCCUGAGCACUGGCGACUUGCAGGAUGACAUCCCAGCCUGGGAUGUACAAGAGGAUGGGGAACACUCAGGUGAAUAA